CUUCCCAAAUUCUCUCUCUCCAAAUCCUCGCAUUUCAAUCCUUUUCUACUCGCAAAAUUUGAUUUUAAUGCGAGAAUCCGAUGCUCCAUGCGUCACCGAGACGAUCGAUUCGCCAUUUGGACGAUGAUUUUUCGUUCGGAUGCAGUGAAGAACCCUAGCGGGACGAUGCGGUGUGAAGGUUUUCUGGGGAAAUCUGGAACAGGACUGCACAAUGGCGGCGCUUUCUUCGCCUCCGUUCGCGAUCUCUUUGCUCCUGCCGAUGCCGAUUCCUUUAGUGUUCGUUUUGGCUCCCUGGGCGUUGCCUCCGAAGGCGAUGCCGAGCGUUCCUGAUUUGGACGAGGCCGAGGACCUCGCGCAACUCCGACCUCACUUUCGCACCGUUUUUCAUUGUCUACGUCCCCGCCGCCCGCUUCAUCCUCUCGCAGGCGCCGUCGUUCCGAGGCCGCUUCAUCCGGGCCAAAUCGACGCGGCGCGCCUCCCCGACGCUCAUCUCCGCCGUGCGCCGCCUCCGAGGUAAAGUGGAAAUGUUCAUAAACUUUGGGGGCAACUAGAAGUUUCUCUUACAAAUAAUACUACGCCCGGAGCCCCUCUUCUCCUUCGCCUCUCCCCGCUCCGGGUUUCGACUUCUUUCCCCUCGAAACCCUAGCCAUGGCGGUGAGAGGCUUCCGCGGUGUCAGGGACGACCUCACGGAGCUCGGACGGCACCUCCUCGACAUAGCCUGCCUUUUCACUCCCCUCCUUCCCCCUCCCCACCACGAGUCGCCGCCGCCUUCCCCCCGCCCCGCCUCUUCGCCCUCGCCCCCGCCGGCUCGCGCCUCCGCUAGGGCCCUCGCGGGGAUCCUCAGCGACCUCGCCGAGAUCGGAGGCGGGUUCCGCAGCGGCAUCACUCGACUCUCGGGUGCACUGCGUGGCCCUGCGGAUCGAGACAGGGAAUCGGGAGAUCGCGCGGGAAAGUCUCAGGAAAUCGGGGUCUCGGAGGAGGUUCUUGAAUACGUCGAGGAUCUCGUCAAGUAUCCCGAUUCCUGGCUGGAGUUCCCGGUGCAUUUAGAUGAAGAGUUUCAUAUGUCUCGUACUCAAAAAGAGCACAUUACAACAGUUGAACGUAUCAACCCUAAUUUACAAUCUCUUCGACUUAGACUUUGCCCCGACCAUUUAAGUGAGGAUUCUUUCUGGAGGAUAUACUUUGCAUUGUUGCAUCCUAAACUGAACAAGCAUGAUUCUGAAUUGCUAUCUACUUAUCAGAUUGUGGACUCGAUGCGUGUAGCAGCAAAGGAAAUGAGCAGUAGACAGUCUAACAACAUUGAUUCACAGAGCUUAGCUUCAUUGGCUAGCGAAAAAUGUGGCAGCAUCCAACAGGAGCAUAACAAUGGAUGGCAAGAUGCACUGAUGGUGAAGACACGAUCGCAACAAAGCAUCGAUCAGUGGUCUGAAGUGUCGGGUGCAGCCUACGCUUCUUCCGAUGCAACAAUGAGACUUAGACCUGAUGACAUGUCAUCAAGGGGUAAUGUCGAUGAGGGUAAUGUUUUGGUGAUGGAGAAGUACAUGGAUUCUCUCUUGACAGCAGAGCAAUUGUUACAUUUGCCUUAUUCCUUGAGGAGGAAGCAUGCCUCAGCAAGUGAGGAAAACUUGGCAAUGUAUCGGAAGGUGUCGAAAUUGAAGAUGUCCUCCGAUGAGGAAUCCAGUGAUUGGCAACCCGUGGAGGACUCAGACUUUGAGGUCUUAGAGAAAUCAUCGGCCGAGAGGAGCCCCGUGCAUCUCUACCGCCCCACAUAAGUUUCUUUAUUUUGACUCAUUGUAAACAAACACGAUCAAGUUCUUCAUAUUGCUAAGAUGAUCAACGGCCAAGUUGUCAUAAAGUUCAUACUCUGGAAGCAAAUUUUAUCAUCCUUGUAUAUUUCUGUAAUUAUUUAUCCUUAUAUCAGAUUGAAAUCUGAUAUCGACUUUCUUAA